CUGGCGCGCACCACGGGGGUUCGGUAGGAGACCAGCCGAUGACUCUGGCCUCGAUCUUGGAGUGCCCUCCGUCGCUUUUGACGACCAACUUCUUUUACAACCAUCGUCUUCCCGUGCUCCAGAUUGCUGGCAUGUCCAAACCACUUAAGCUGCCAUCGAGCGACCCGAUGCUUCGCAAAGUAGCCGAGCGCUAUCCCAAAAAAUCGGCGACACUGCUGCGUCGACAAGCCGUAUCUGGCGAGAAUGUCGUCCUCGUCUGGGGCCCAAAGCGUAUCCGCCAGACAACGAUCGUUCCAGCGGCCGACGUUGAGAUUUCUGACGAUUGGACCUCAUCACUGCACUGUGAACUCUCGACGGUGCUCAAGUGUAUCCGGCCCGACGACCGCCUCGCGCUCUCACACCUCAGCAUCGACUCGCUGCACGACGCGGCGAGCUUGGCGCCAAUCACGCGCCACGACGAUGCGAUCGCGACCCUCGUCGUCUUGCUUGCACCAGCCGACGCGUGUCAACUCGGCUUGGACUUUGUACAAAAAGACAGCGUUGCCACCCAUCCGUGGCGCGAGCUGGAGACACACUGUGUGCACUAUGCCCUCCUGUCGCCGGAAACGAAGCUCGUCGGUACUGGCACCACGGUGCGAAAGGCGCCUCCGCGCGUGGCCCUCGUGUUUCACGUAUUGCGCGCAUCGUUGCAUGCCGAUCGAGACGUUGGUCCUAUUUACCGAAGCAUUUUGUUUCUCAAGCAACUCGCGAUGCACCCGCCUCUCGGUCUUCUGUAUGGCGUUCACAUCCACUUGUGUCGCCGCCAUGCAGCGCCGGACUGGGGCGCCCUCGAGCCAACUCAUACCGCGCUACUUGACGCUCUGCUCGCAUCCGAGUGCUACGGCAUCGGUCUCGCCGUGUACUCGGAGGUCGAUGGUAUCCUGCACUUUGCGAGGCACCAUCAGUCGGCGACCGUUGCGUCCACCGACUUGCGCCACGUCCAGAUCACAGAGCUCGUGACGCCACCGUCCAAUCGACCUCGAUACGGUAUCAACGUCGUUCUGGUCUUUUGGCCAAAGCAGCACCUCGUCAAUGUCAUGGGCGGUGCUGCUUUUGCUACUGCGAUGCGUGCCGAGGCACCUGCGGUUGCGCGGGCGUUUGUGGCCGACGCUGCUAGCGUCUUUUGCACAACGAGCGUCGUGACGCGCUCGCACCGUGGCCAUCCGCCGCCGCCGACCACGACGCGAUGCUCCAGCUGCUCGACGACGUUGGCGACGUCGACUGCAUUCGUCGCUUUCUGCGACACUCCGUGGAUCCAAAACCAGCUCGCCAAGUAUGGGUGGGAGCCGCUGGCCGAUGCUCUCAACAUCCUCGUGUCUCGAUGGUGCUCGGACAAUGGAGUCGAACACGCGACAUUGCUUGUCGCAUCGCUUGCUGGUGUCACAAAUGCUCCCGUGUGUGCGCCGCUCGAUCAAGACUAUGUCUACGAGUGCAUCCGGCGGCUGUGGGCGACGUUGCACACGGCGUUUCUCAAGCCACACGUUCUGGAGCCGAUGCCAGACGACACGCUUCAGCAAAUCGUCGCUGACGCACUGUACAUGGAGCACUACUGCGACCGUGGCGCCGACACGGACCGAUGGCUUCAGGCUCACUUGCCUGCCGUCGCGCUCAGUCUCGUCGAUGGCUUUCUAUGGCCACCGACGGCGUCAGUGGUUGACGUAGUGUGCAAAGAGCUGCGUCGGCCGCUCGUGCAUUUACCUUUGGCCUUUUCGAUGGCACUUGCGCACAACACGGCUCUCAAUCUCGAGUCGCUUCUCAAUACAAUGCUGCACCAUGUCGACGCAUGCGUGAAGGACGUUGUCGUGACCCAGACAUCGCUAAUGCGCUUGCUCUGGCUUCUGGAACGUGAUCCGAGCCGGUGCUUGGACCAAGCCUACCUGCAAGCGAGUUGGCGCCAGUGGGCAUGUCGCUUUGGGCUCGAAGCGCUUGUUUUUGUGGGCGAGGCCAGCGCGCUGACGCCGUCGAUAUGCGCCGCACUCUCCGCGCGCAUGCGAGAGGCGGCGUGA